ACACCCCCACUCCCCCUUUCUCGUCCGUGUCCCCACGCACUCGGGAAAUGGACUCUCUCUCCCACUUUCCCUCGCUACUUCUUCCCGCUAAUUGCCCUUUUUUUCUUUUCUUUUCUGCAGCCAAUCGGAUUUCAAAUCAAAUUUUCUCGCGAAACAAACACAAGAAAAGAAAUAGAAAUCUUCAUUCUCAUUUUCUUGUACUUUCUUAGCUAAAUCAAACUCCAAUGAAUUCACGAGAGCUCGCUCUUGUCUCCACAGCCACAGUCUUCGGAGCUUUAGCUUCUGCUUUUGCUGUUCGCUUCUACUCCAGCAACAGCAAUUCCAGAAAGCAGUUUCCCAAAAUCAAUUCGGCUCCAAACUGUGACGUUUCGAAGAAAUGCUCUUCUCAGAGCCCCUUUGAUCCUUCCAAACGCAAAGAGUAUUUAUCAUGGGAUGAUUAUUUUAUGGCAAUUGCACUUUUAUCAGCUGAAAGGUCCAAAGAUCCAAACAGGCAGGUGGGGGCAUGUUUGGUUAGUCAAAAUGGCAUAAUUCUUGGCAUUGGCUACAAUGGAUUUCCAAGAGGUUGUUCAGAUGACGACCUUCCGUGGGCAAAGAAAUCCAAAUCUGGGGACUCUCUCGAGACAAAGUACCGUAAUUAUGUUUGUCACGCUGAAGUCAAUGCUAUUCUGAACACAAAUCAUGCUUCUGCUGUUGGGCAGAGGCUUUAUGUGACUAUGUUCCCUUGCAAUGAAUGUGCCAAGAUAAUCAUUCAGUCGGGCGUGUCUGAAGUUAUAUAUUUUAUAGAGAAGAACAAUUCAGAUACGGCGUACAUUGCUUCACACAAGUUACUGUCCAUGGCUGGUAUUAAAUUCAGAAAACACCAACCCCAGACGGACCAAAUUUCGAUCAAGUUCCAAGAGCCCUAGAUAAUGACUUUAUUGCUGUUCAUUUGUCAAGCCUGAGCAUCACCUGCAGUUAUAAGAUCAAGCCUUGUUAUAACCUGUAUGUUGCAUCUUUCAUUAACUGACGAUUGGAACCUCUCACCAAGAAAAACUAUCUAUCAUGAAGAAUUCUUGGAUGCUAGCUACAAUUACCCAGGAGAUACAAGUAUGGUUGUGUAUUUUACCAUCUCUGUCAGGAGAAACAAGUAUGGCUGUGUUGUAUCAUCUCAGCCAACAGCUUUAACUAGGUCGGAGUGAUGACAAGGUAACAGCUUCGACUGCAAACUCAGUUGGGCAGUUAUCCCGCGCUGUUUAUAGUGGAUCCCUCUUUCUACUCUGCACAGAAUUCCUUUGUAUCGUAUGACAUUAUCAUCUAUCGAUGUUCUUUGCAUGGAGUUAAGCAAACUAUUUGCUCAUGAGAAAGGAAAACCCUAAAAACUAGAGAAACCAGAUUGGGUGACUCGUGCCAUGUAACACUGACCCGACAAUUCAGUUGGAGUUCUACUGCCCGUAAGUGGUAUUCAUCAAAAGGAAAUAUGGAGCCAGAAAUCGUUGGUGCUUUUUGUUGUGGCACUGCUCUGCUCUGGUUGAUUCAACAUAAAUGUACAAAGUUUCAACCAAAUCCAACCAAUAAAUGCUCGUUUCAUGGAA